AUGGCGCCCGACACACCAAAGGGAGCCUCUUCGAGGCUGUUGACCAUGAAAUUCAUGCAAAGGGCCAUCGCAUCGAACUCCGCACCGGCAUCUCCGGAAUCAGAACCCGGCUCGGCGAAGAAGAGGAAAUUAGAGCAUGGAUCGCCCGCAAGCAGACUCAGCAUGAACUUUGACCAGGCGUCAGUGGAUGCCGCUGUGCAAGCCCGGGAGGCCGCGCGCCAUGCGGCGCUUCAGCAGCAUGCGACGGGCGACACACACUGGGUUCUAAAGACAAAAUUCGAGAAGCCGACUACUGUGAAGCCCGCAAAGGUGGCACGGAAAAUAGUCUAUGUCGGGUAUGGUGAUAUUGACUCUGACAACGAUGAUGGCGAUGGAGCAGACGUCGCGGCGAAUGGGCGCACAUCAUCGAAGCCGAAGCCAAAGCCGAAGACUGAGAGAUCGCAAAAUCCAAGCGAUGACGAAUCAGGUGAUGAUUCCGGAGACGACUCGGACGACAGCGAGGACUCCAACCCAAGGAAACGCAAACAACCCGGCUCUCAGCAAAACCAAAGUAGAUCGCGUUCCAGGUCGCGUAACGCAGCAGACCCAAGAGCCAAGGACCUUCGAGACAAGCGUAGGAAGAAAGAUGUGCGGUCCAACAACAACAUCACGUCGAUUUCGGGAAGCAGCGACAAGGCGGCGAAGAGUAAAUCCAUGACUUGCUAUAACUGUCACCAAUCUGGUCAUAAGUCUUCUGACUGCCCCCGACGCAAGCCCGGCGGACGUAGCAAGUAA